AUGAAUAAAUUUUUCUUAGAUAAAAAUCAAGAAUAUUUUGAAGAAAAGCAAAAAAACAUCAAGGAAACUUUAACAUAUACGCUGACAGAAAGUCUCAAAGAAUGUGAAUAUGAUUACAAUGAGAAGAAAGAACCGCUUACGGUAUCAGACGCGACAAGUUCUCUUUGUGCAACUCUUGAAGCAAUUUUUCUUCAUGGCUUAAAAGAUACAUUCCUUCAAAUGACAUUUUCAAUUUUGGAUUCUGGAGUAGAUCGACGUCCAAAUCCAUCUUUCUGGAGCGUCAUACUACUCUUUCUACACAAACAAGUUAUCAGGGAAAUCCAAAGUUUAGCACAAAUCAACACUGACGUUGGAUUUUCUCGAGCUUUUAUACGAAAAGCUAUCAAUGAAUGUCUACUUUCAUCUUACUUCCAAAAUAUCAGAAAAUCUCCUUCAACCUUGAAGAGUUAUUAUCAUAAAUAUGCUUUUCUAUUGGAUAUAGAGUUAGUCGAGACAACUGAAAAUCUCCUCGUAGGCAUCGAAAGUUAUGUCGAAUUUAACCUUCCUUGUAAUUCUAGUCUCUUAAAUGUUUGGAAUGAUGCUCCGCUCUCUUUAUCUGGUCUUUACUCUGCACCUCUUCGAUCUCUCCCUAUUGCGUCAGGUGAAGAUGUUGCUGGUUCAAUUUCAACAAACUCACGAAAUAUCAACAUUCCUAAUAAAACUGAAAUUCUGUCUGACAUAUUUUCGGCUUCAAUAACAAAUUCAAUAUUCAAACAUUCUCCAGAUUCACUUAUUGAUGACGAAGAUGAUCGAAUCACAAGACUUUUACAGAAAGUUGACAGUGAAGAAGUUGAAGUGGUAGAUGAAGAUUUGAACUCAUUUGUCGAGGAAAACAAUUUAAAAUCUCCUGACAGUGAAAGUAUCGAGAAACCGACGACUAGUGAAAGUUUCAAUUUAGGAAAUUCAAUUUGUGGUCUUCAAAGUUGGGCAGAACCAUCACAUACACUUUUAGAAGAAAAACCAGAUGAUGAAGUUGUUUACAGUCGAAGAAAUUCUACAAAGCCAAUAAGCAUCGAUAAUCAUAGCUUUGAAUCGCUUUGGAAUGAGAAAAAGAGAAGAUCAACGUUACACUUCAAAGAAGUUUGGGAGAGAUUCGAAAAAUCUUUAAUUCCAGGCCAAUCAUCAGAUGUUAAAAUAUCGAAAGAAGAUGACAUUAUUGAAGAUUUCCUUGUGAUUGAAUCGCCACUAGGUGGAGACGAAAGCAAAAUUCAAGAACUUCAACAAAUGGUUGAAAUUUUGUGUCGAUUGUCAAACGAAUGUGGACUUGAAACGCAAGGGUUUCUAUGUAAAGAAUGUAAAGCGCCAAUAGGCGUUGGUUUUUCAAAAGCAACUGCUUGUGGAUUCGAUGGCCAAUAUUAUUGUCCACUUUGUAUAAGUCCUGAUAAGUUUCCAAUUCCUGCUAAAAUUAUUUACAAUUGGGAUUUCAAGCACUAUCCAGUUAGCAACAAAGCUGCAACAUUUUUAACUGACUAUCAAUUUAAACCUUUUAUAGAUUUCAAGAUUUUAAAUCCGGACAUAUAUUCUUACAUCGAUGAAAUGAAUCGUCUGCAAAAGCUUCGAAUUCAAUUGAACUUUAUCCGUGCUUACAUUUUUACUUGUUCGGAAAGUACAAUUGCCGAGCUUCAAAAGCUUCUCUAUGGAAGAGAAUAUAUUUAUGAAUCUAUUCAUCUUUACUCAAUUUCUGAUUUAUCAUUAAUUCAAAGUGAAGCAUUAGAAGAAAUGUUAAAGAAGAUUGUAUCGUUUGGUAAAGAUCAUUGUCUCAAAUGUGUGCUUUGCAGUGUCAAAGGUUUCAUAUGCGAAUAUUGUCGUAAGUCAAAAGUUAUCUAUCCCUUUGAUGUCAAUGAAACUUAUCGAUGUAAUCUAUGUGGAAGUGUUUCACACAUUAAUUGCUUUAAUCCAACAAUCCCGUGCCCAAAAUGUGAGAGAAAAAGUAAAAGACAACAAAUUGCGAAUGAAAUUUAAACAAUAUUUACAGGCUUAAUUAAAACCCAGUGCUUUAUUUAUUAUUAAAAAAACAGAUAUGCAAUAAAUGCUUUCGCUUCCAAUUUCGACAAUGAAGCUCGUUAUGACAAACAAAAUACUCCCAAGAAACAAAUACUUUAUUAAAUAGUAUUCAUGAUGAUGUUUUCAUUAUUUUCCGAAGAAUAAAAAGGCAAAGGAAAUAUUUCAUCCAAAA